AUGUUCCUAGUUGGUUAUGUGCACUGUGAGUAUGAAGAUAUCGAUACGAAACGUGUGCCACGGCUAAUGCAACUUUUGGGUGAGCCAAAGGUUCAAUUUGGCCAGCAUAAAACGAGAAUCGGACCGAAUCCUGUCCAUCUGCCGCCUGGUCUACGCGCUCGUAAUGACAAUUUGCCUCCGCCACAUUUAAUUGCCCACAAGGAAUACGGUCAUGAGGCAGCUUUGAGACCUCCACCACCCCCUCAAGGAGUAGGAGUGGGACCAGGAGCAGGAGCUGGACCACAUAUUAUGCGACGAGAGUUUAAUACAGCACCGCAACAGCAUCAAGCAAAUGGUUAUCAUUAUGAUUUUAGUAAGCUAACAAGAUUUGCCCAUGCCAAGGAUACUCCAGUACUGGAUGUGGCCAAAAAUCAAUUCUUCCGACCCGAAAGUAAUCAACAUCAACAUCAGCAGCAUAAUAAUGUCUAUAAAUAUCCAUCUGAGCAGUAUCUACAGAAUUUCAAGGCAUCGCCCCAAUUCAAUGGCAAUGUUAUACAUAAGGAUCAACAGUUUCCAAUUGGAGGUCCAGGAGGUCCACAAUAUGCCCCAAUCCAACAGCAUGCAAUUCCUGUGCAGGCCUCACAAUAUACACAACUUCCUAAGUUCUAUGGUGAGGGCAAUAGCUUCAGUAUAAUUCCAUCCAAGCAGACACAAAAGGGAUUAGAUAAUUUAGGCUAUUCGGUUCAUGAAUCGGAAUCUGAUAAUGCAUCAAAAGAAAAUGGUCUGGGGCAGACGAAAAACUAUCAUCAACAGCAGCAGCAACAACAACAACAACAACAUCCACCACAACAACAACAACCACAACAUCAUCAUCAUCAUCAAAUACCAACAAAUACAGUUCCAGUCUCCAAAGAGGCUCAGGACUAUUUACAUUUCAUGAGUACAAAUGAAUAUUUCCUACCGAAACAUGAACCCAAUUAUAAACAAUUGGACGCUGAGCAAAAUCAGCAAAAGUUAUUUCAACAACAAAAACAAACCAUCACCCACAGCGUGGAGCACUAUAAACAAUUGGAGGCUGAGCAGACACAACAAAAAUUCUAUCAACAACAGAAACAACAAACUCUUCAUGGUCUGGAACAACAAAGGCCAACUUAUCAUUUCCCAGGCACUGCCACCAAUCUAAGACUUCAAUUGGACAAUAGUGUCUCAUCGACAUAUAAUAAACCGAUUCAAGUUCAAGAUCUAUUCUAUCAGCAAGAUCCGAAUCCAUCAUCAAAUGCUGCCGUAGUUCGUGGCAGCUAUCAGACAGGUCAGGAUGUAUUUGUGGUAAAAUCAGAUGGCAAUAAGGCUGUCAAGCAUGUGGUUUCCACACCAUUGGCCAGCAAACCGUCAACACAAACAGCGGCAGCAGCAGUUACAGCUGCCUCCUACAAUCAAGAUCGUCGCAAUAGAUAUCAAACAAAUACACCAGAGCCUUUGAGAUUUGAAUUUACCGAAAAGGAUGCCAUUAGCGGUGGUGGUGCAUCAACAAGCUAUACUCAUUCGCCACAAGGACAAAAAUUCUAUUAUGAAACAUCGACCAUAACAUCAACCGCACGUCCAACAACAUUAAGUGAUGCGAACAUUGCAGAGGUAGCCAAGCCCAUUCAGGAAUACACCGAUGAGGCUGAUGCCGAGGAUAGUGCCGAUAUAAGUCAGCGGCCCAAUGAGGAUACAUCAUCAUCAUCGAAUGGCAAUGCGAAGGACACUGAAAGCUAUUGUGAGAAAAUCUGCGCCAAUGUCUAUGAUGAGAAUGAUGAAAUAGUCUGUGGCUCGGAUGGUUAUAUGUAUACUGGAGAACCUCAACUUGAGUGCUAUUCAUCAUGCUUAAACAUAAGUGUGACAAUCAAGAGCAAGGGCUCAUGUGUAUAAGUGCUACACAAGUUGAAAGAAAACAAUCCUG